AUGAUUCAAAUUCUUCCUAAUGAAUUGCAAAUCGAAAUUUUAACGCAUGUUGUAUAUGAAAUAAAUUUUCAGAAUUUUUGCACUCUGCGAACUGUUUGCAAAAAAUGGAACACAUUUAUUCCCUUAGUAAUGCACGAAGCUGUUAUUUCUAGAUUAAACUCUGGUUUAAAAUUAAAAUACUGGAAUAAUGCUAAAUGGACUCAAAAAUUACCACCAACUUAUGACGAUUAUACUAAGACGUUUACUUUUGUAUUCGAUAUUGACGAUGAUAUCUAUAAUACGUAUGAUGACAUUAACCAAAUUCUUAGUGAUCAUAGCGUUAGUUUUACAGCAUCGGUGGAAAGAUGUGAUGUGCUAUGUCCGAUUAAGCUUGGAACCAAAUUAGGUGAUUUAACUUUGCUAGAAUUUUUAAAUGACGAUGUAUGUAAAUAUGAGUUCGAUCAUCGAAGUAACGUAUGUUUCAGACGGGAAAUCAAAGUUGAUGAAGAAAUUAAGUGCAUUAAUUGUGUGAGGCCUUAUAGUUUUACCAUUGAAGCAUGGAAGCUUUGUUAUAUUUUAGAUUGUCUUAAAUUUGAUAC